AUGAAGACAAAUCGGAAUGCUUCGACGAAAGCAUUCGACAAGCGUCAACGUAACGUUCCAGACGCUUCAGGAGAGUGUGACUCGAAAAGAAUCGGACGUCCGAUCGGAUCAAGCGUCGAAACUAAUCGCCGUGACGGAUUCAUUGACGAAGAUCUAUCGGAAGCGAAUGGCAUUCGUUCACUUCGGCGCGGAAAAACAGAAACGUCGGCAGGUGGUGCACGUAGCGACGACGUUACAAGAAAUACCGACACGGUGGCUGAAAGAAUACGCGAGAAACGUGACAAUAAUCCGCAUCAGCGCGAACUCGGCGAGGUCGAAGAUAAGAACCAGCAAGAUCGCCGCACGGCUCAACGUGAUGUGCAAGAAGAAACGAACAGAUCGCAGAUUGCGGCUGAAAAAAGAAGAGGAGGCAGAGAUACGGAGGACGCGAUGGCGGUGGAGGAGGAAGAGAAGAAGGAGAAAAGCGGCGAGCGCGGAAAUCCCGGCAAGAAUCCUUAUCAACAACGUCGCGGGGAAGAACGCGAGACGCGAUUGUCGGAUAACAGCGCAGAGAAGAUCGACCGAUCGGAUCGAGUUGAGAAGAGGAACGUUACGAUAGAGAUAUCGAGGAAACCGGCCAAAAGGCGCGAGCAUGAGCUCGAGGAUGAGCAUGGUCGCCACGAAAACGUGGAAAAUCCAGUUGCUCGUAGAGAUAAGACGAAAGAAGAGAGGGAUAAGGACGAGCAGGCAGAUACGGCGUUUCUAAGUAAGAAUAAGGAGUCUGGAAGUAAGAGAACGACGGAUUCGGUUGGUGACGCGGAAAUGGGACGCUCCGUCGUUAAUGAAGAGGGAAAACUUCCUGCGAGCGACGGAAAGCGCAAAGGUGCGUCAACCGACGAAGGAAACGAUCCCGAAGAAACGAGGAAACGGACAGCUAACCCUUCAAACCCGAUCGAAUACCAAUUAUCGAACGCGCACUUUGUGGAGCUCGGUUGGACCCGAUUGCCACUUACCAAAAUCAUGAGGAAGAUCGUGCGAUAUGAAGCCCGACCGGCGAAGCCCGGUCUAGAUUGGCACAGAGGUACGGAAUAUUACGACGAUGGAUUAACGCUAUUUUCGAGAUUCCAUCCCGAUGGCUCUGGCGAGUUGUUUUAUCCCAACGGCGUAUUGGCUAUUAGAGUCUACAGACCAGAAAACCGGAAAUGUAAUUGA